AAACAAACCGCCUAGUCCUUUCAUAUCAACACAGACAUUUCAAGGAAGCUUCAGGUAAACUAUUGUGAAAUUAAUAUUGUGGUGGUUUAAACUUUCGUCAAAUUAACUUUUCCUAUUUCCGUAGUCCUUUGUUUUCCACUGCGCGAGGUGUGCCGUCCAAAUCUUGGAUCGCUUCGAAACGUUCGUCUCCUCGUCGUGUUAGCCACUGUGUUUAACUCCGAUUUCACAUGGCAUUGUGAGUGUUUUUCUCGGUUAUUUCGUGGGACUUACUUCGUAUGUUCAGAAUUGUGUCAUCGAGUGCACACGAAUCAUUGGAUGAAACGUUGAGCUAAGCAUUUACCAUUGCUAGAGUCGUGAAUCUGCUGCUUCCGUCACAAAUCCAUCGCCCACCCUCACUCCAGGCAACAUGGAGGAGUCAUCUCUGAGCCUUCUCGUCUCUGCAUACGACACUGACAACGAUCUCACCGAAGCGUACAUGUUACUCGCUCCACCACGGAGCGGCGUCCUCUUGGACAACGAACUCAACAACGAUUUUCAAAAUCUCCACGAGCCACUAAAUCCAACCAGCUCUCCAUCGCCCACCCUCACUCCGGGCAAUAUGGAGCAGUCAACUCUGAACCUCCUCGUCUCUGCAUCCGACGCAGACGACGAUCGCACCGAAGCGUGCAUGUUAUUCGCUCCACCACUGAGCGGCGUCCUCUUGGACAACGAACUCAACAACGAUUUUCAAAAUCUCCACGAGCCACUAAAUCCAACCAGCUCUCCAUGCAUCGAACAGAAUCAACGCAGUCUAUCUACCCAACCGAGUCCUCCAGUCUACCUCGACUUGGACGCCCGCAAAAGCCCAUUGGACUUUCUAAUCGACCUCCGUAAUCCUCCUUGGCCGAGACAACCCAAAGACACGAAUGUACCCGCAACCGUACUAUCUCCACCCAAAAAUGUGGGAAGCCAUUUUCCUAGCAGGCGAAAUAGGGUCGCACGUCGUGCCCUCUUCAAGCCAGCCCCUAGAAGGGGGUGCUCUAAACUCACUUUAGGCGACUUGGUUCCACCAGUCAAGAAAUCGUUGUCAUCGGCCAGCAUCAAGAUCAAGAGGCGGGCGAAAAACCUCCUGAACUGCAGGAUCUGCGGUACCGACUUCGCGGACACCCUCAGCCUGGCCCGGCACAUGAAGGAGCACUCCCGGAAACCGCUACCCGUGAAGUUUAUGUGCGGGAUGUGCGCGCCGAAGAAAGGGUUUGCUACGGAAGCUCACCUCGAAGAGCAUCUGAGAGAGUGGCAUUCGGACGAGAGGGUGGGCUGCGCCAGGUGCGGUCAGAGUUUCGACGCCUCGGCGAGAUGUCUUCGAGAGCACGCGCUCACGUGUGUGAAUACGAAGGAGGACGAUCAGCUUCUGCCAGGACCUCACCGAACUGCCUCUGCCCCGGUACAUCAACCGCGUCGUGCGGAGGUUCCUGAAGAAGGGAGAGUGGCCGAGAGUGGACAUUGCAUUCAGCUCCCUCGUCCGUACCCAGAGACCUUCGCUGGACAAGGAGAUCCUAUCCCGUGCCCUCAAACGAGAGUGAAAAGUCUCUUUUACCCGUGUAUGACAGUAGUUUCAACCUCAACCAAGGAUGUCGUCAAGUCCCGCCUCCUCAAUGGCAGAAAAAUCGAUCCUCCCAAUUUGUCUGCUCCUUCACAGCCUGCACCGACUCCCAAAUCGAAAGAGAGAAAAGAGCUGGCAACGGUUAACGGGAGGAAGACUCUCCAACUCCCCCUUCAAAAAAUCAUCAAAAUCGGCGGUUUCGAGACUCGAAUCUUCGAUAAAUUUUCGAUGGACAUGCUCAACGAAGAGAAGCUCUUGCUCUUUUCCACCGACACGAAGCUUCCGCGUAGGCUCGAAGACUUUUUGGUCCGGUUGGAAGGAACUUCCGACUUGGAGAAAUUACCUCGGGUUCCCUCUUGCUACAGGCUGCACGAAUUAAAAGAAGUCGAAUCUGACCUCGAGAUUGAGCCAAUUUUAAAUGACAAACCGAGAGUUAGUGUCACCCGUCCGAAAAGUAGAGGAUCGUCUGUCAAAAAUGUCCUCGGUGGUUCCAAACCCUGCAAACGACAGCGGAGCCGAAGUGCGGACGGCACCUUCUCUUGCGAACUUUGCUGGAAAGUCUUCUGGACCGAAGGGAGCCUCGAGAGUCACGUGGCGAGGAAACACCGAAACGCCGACCUUUAACUGUUGGAAACCAUACCAUCAUAUGUGAACCGAAUGUCCAGUGCUCAGUAUCGCCUGAACCGUUCGGCUCGCAGCUUCGAACCGUAAAUUUAUGUGACCGAACAUUAGUUGCUUAAAACGUCGUUUCUUGU